AUGAACUGCAGCAAGACUCCUGACUUUAUCCUCUCUGGAUUGUCCAGUGACUCAGAAAAACAGUGGUUCCUCUUUUGUCUCAUUCUGGCUCUCUACAUGCUGGGCCUCAUAGGUAAUUUGCUACUUCUACUGGCCAUUGGUGCUGACAUCCACCUCCACACUCCCAUGUACUUCUUCCUCAGCCAGCUUUCCCUAGUGGAUCUCUGCUUUACCACCACCACAGCACCUAAAAUUUUGGAAGAUUUGUGGACCAGCAAUGGAUCCAUCUCUUUCUCUGGAUGUCUGACUCAAUUAUAUUUCUUUGCUGUUUUUGCUGACAUGGACAACCUGCUCUUGACUAUCAUGGCUCUUGACAGAUAUACUGCAAUUUGCCAUCCUCUGCAUUACCCACUCCUAAUGACUCCUUGCAGAUGUGGGGUACUGGUUGUUGGGUCAUGGGGAGUGGCCCACUCUGUCUCUUUGGUCCACACUCUGUUGCUGUCCCAGUUAUCCUUCUAUAUUAAUCAAGAGAUUCUUCACUUUUUCUGUGAUUUUGGCCCACUCUUGUGGCUUUCUUGCUCUGAUGCUCACCUCAAUGAGAACCUGAUGAUGGCUCUGGCUGGGAUUUUAGGAAUCAUCCCUCUUCUCUGCAUCAUAAGUUCUUAUGCCCAUAUUUUCCAUGCUGUAGGUAGAGUUCCAUCAGUGCAGGGUAAAAGAAAAGCCCUAGCCACAUGCAGCUCCCACCUCUUUAUGGUUGUCCUCUUCUACAGUACAGUAUUUGCCACCUAUCUGAAGCCUCCAUCAGUUUCUCAUUCCUCUGGGGAACUGGUUGCUGCUAUCAUGUAUACACUGGUAACUCCCACUCUAAACCCUUUCAUUUAUAGUCUGAGAAAUAAAGAUCUGAAGAGUUCAUUAAAAAGGAUUCUGAGCAUGGAGUAUUCUCAGGAUUAG